CGCCGAUUCAUCACGGAUACGCGCGAGGCACAUUGCUGCUGCUGGCCGUCCGAAAGCCCCUGUGCCCGGCGACAUCGGAUUGCGCUCUGCCGCCCGCGAUGGCGCGCUCCUCACCGCAGAUGCGCCUCGUCGCUCGUACUGUGUGUACAUGCAUGUGCCGCGCCCUCCCCAAUGCCUCCUUCCACACCCACAAUCGAGCGAUGCCCCGGUGCGCCCCUUGGACGAGCGGCCAUCGUUCCCCAGCCGGCCAUAUAGCAUUCACCCUGUGGUGUACGGGCAUCCAGUGAGCCGAUGCCGCACGACAGUCGCCACGGCUCGUUGGCAGAGGUCGGGCCCGCGGUUUUGCCGGAGACCCUUGCGGCAACUAUUUUUUCGAGGGCGAAAACCCCACUUGCGGCCAAAACACGACCCUCCCGCCACAAAACCACAAAAUUUCCUCAACUCCGCGCUCCGGCGAUUGAAGUCUGCUGUCGCCAUGGACGAGCAGCAAUUCGUUCAGCUCCUGGAGAGCUUGCUGCAGCCCGACACUGAGCGAGUCAAGUCUGCGACUGCAACGCUGAACAAGACGUACUAUACCUCCCCAGCAUCGCUCAAUGCGCUCCUGCAGAUCGUCUGCAACCAUCCCCGGCCGGAACUCCGCCAGCUGGCGGCAGUCGAGGCUAGGAAGCUGGUUGCAAAACACUGGACCAGCCUGCCCGCCGACCAGAAGACGUCUCUCAGAAACCAGCUCUUCCAGUUUACCCUCAACGAGGACGUCACGCUCACACGGCAUUCGGCUGCCCGCGUCAUCUCAGCCAUUGCCGCGAAAGACUUCGAGGAUGGAGAGUGGGCUGACCUGCCUGGCUACCUUCACCAGGCUGCCACCGGCUCCAAUGUGCGGCAUAGGGAAGUGGGCACCUAUAUCAUCUGGACCACACUCGAGUCGGUCGGCGACGCGUUCCCGGGCAACAAGUCGGAUCUCUACAAGCUGUUCGCUUCAACAAUUAAAGACCCCGAGAGCGCCGAGGUACGAGUCAACACCAUGCUUGCCCUCAGCCGUCUCGCCAUGCUGCUGGAACCAGAGGAGGAUCCCAAGGAGCUGGUCUUGUUCCAGGACGCCAUUCCCGGCAUGGUCACCGUCCUGAAGUCCACCGUUGAGGAGGGAGACGAGGACCAUGCCCUACAGGCCUUCGAAGUCUUCCAGACCCUCCUGGGUUGUGAAUCCGCACUCCUGCAGAAGCACUUUGGCGACCUCGUCAAGUUUAUGAUCGAGCUCGCCGCGACCACUACUGUUGAUGAUGACUACCGAUCGCAGGCUCUCGCAUUCCUGAUGCAGUGCGUCCGUUACAGGAAGCUCAAGAUUCAAGGUCUGAGAAUCGGCGAAGAGCUUACUCUGAAGGCACUGCAGAUCGUAACCGAGCUGGGUGACCUAGCCAGUGAGGACGAAGACGUCACGCCUGCCCGCUCGGCCCUCGGAUUGCUUGACAUUCUUGCCUCGAGUCUGCCUCCCAGCCAGGUGGUCAUACCGCUUCUAAAAGCUCUUGGCGGUUACUUCUCCUCGCAGAAUCCUGACUACCGCCAAGCUGGUAUCUUGGCCCUUGGUAUGUGUGUCGAAGGUGCGCCGGAUUUUAUUGCGACUCAAUUGCAUGAGAUUCUACCCAUGGUUUUGCACCUCCUUGAGGACCCAGACCUCAAAGUUCGCGGAGCGGCGUUGAACGGUGUGGCGCGCCUGGCGGAUGACCUGGCGGAAGACGUUGGCAAAGAGCAUGCCCGCCUUAUCCCUGCUAUGGUGAAGAACUUCGACUUGGCCGUGGACAGCUUGAAGAACGGAAGCAAUGAUGAGCGCAGUCUGCAGAUUGUCCGCGGAACCUGCCAUGCUAUCGACUCUCUUAUUGAAGGCCUUGAUCCCGAAGAGGCUGCUAAAUACGUCCCGGAGUUGGUUCCUCGAUUUAGCCAGCUCUUCCCACAUGACGACCUGAAAUGCAAGACUGCAGCCAUUGGCGCUGUAGGGUCUAUUGCGUCGGCUGCCGAGAAAGCAUUCCUUCCCUAUUUCGAGCAGACCAUGAACGCACUCUCCCCUUAUGUCCGAAUAAAGGACAGUCAGGAUGAUUUGGACCUCCGAGGUGUUGUUUGCGAUUCCAUGGGCAAGAUCGCAUCUGCUGUCGGCGCUCAGCCCUUUGAGCCCUAUGUGCUCCCUCUUAUGGAAGCUUCUGAAGAAGCCCUGCACUUGGAUCACCCGCGGCUGCGCGAGACAAGCUACAUCCUCUGGAGCACUAUGGCGAAGGUAUACGAAGAGCAAUUUGCCAAAUAUCUUCCGGGCGCAGUGAAGGGUCUGCAAGAAUGUCUUGACCAAGAAGAGACGGACCUGGAGGUCGAACUAGGAGAGGAGGCCACGGAUCUAGUUGGCGCCGAAGUUGUCGUCCAGGGUCGCAAGAUCAAGGUGGCUGCAGCCACCGACGACGAUGCGAGUGACCUCAACGAGGCUGCCUUGGAUGAGGACGAUUGGGAUGACAUCGGCGGUGUUACUGCUGUCGCCAUGGAGAAGGAGAUCGCCGCCGAGGUGUAUGGCGAUAUCAUCACCCACACGCGUCGGGAAUACAUUCCAUAUCUCGAGAAUACCGUCACAAAACUCCUCGAGCUCGUUGAUCAUUCAUACGAGGGUAUUCGGAAGGCCGCCAUUGGCACACUUUGGCGCACGUACGCCUGCCUCUGGGGCAUGGCAGAGGGCGACGGCAUGACCAAGUGGAAGCCAGGGCUUCCUCUGCAGACUGAGUCCCCGGCAGAUCUGAAGAAGCUAGGGAACGUGGUCAUGACCGCAACCAUGACUGUCUGGCAAGACGAGAUGGAUCGGGGUACGGUUACCGAUAUUAAUCGCGACAUUGCGGCUACACUCAAGCUCUGUGGACCCGCGAUUCUCAUGACGGAGAAGGGCACUGUGGUCGAAGAGAUGGCGCAGCAACUGCUGUCGAUAAUCACCAAGCGACAUCCUUGCCAGCAAGACCUCGGCGACGACGCUGAAGAGGAAAUACUCGAUGAAUCAUCGGAGUACGACUGGCUGGUUAUUGAGACGGCCAUGGAAGUCAUCACUUGCUUGUCGGUUGCCCUAGGAUCCAGCUUUGCCGCGCUUUGGAAGGUCUUCGAGAAGCCCAUUAUGAAGUACGCGAGCAGCAACGAGUCGGUAGAGCGAAGCGCAGCCGUGGGUACGAUUGCCGAAUGCAUUGGCAACAUGGCUGAGGGAUGCACACCCUACACUAGCACAAUCCUCAAGCUUCUCAUGCACCGCCUGUCAGACGAGGACCCAGAGACGAAGUCUAACGCUGUCUAUGGCAUGGGGCUGCUUUGCGAGAAGACCACGAACGACACAGAAAUCCUGAAGUCGUUGCCGACAAUCUUUAGCAAACUGGAGCCUCUUCUCGAUGCUCAGGAUCAGGCGCGCUUGCUCGACAACACGGCAGGGUGUGUAAGCAGGUUCAUCUCGAAGCACCCCGACAAGAUCCCGAUUCCAGAGGUUCUUCCUCGCCUAGUCGAGCUCCUGCCGCUCAGGGAGGACUAUGAGGAGAACAAGCCCAUCUUUGGCAUGGUGGUCAAGCUUUACCAAGCCAAUGAGCCUACAAUUCAGCAGCUCACGCCUAGUCUCAUGCCCGUCUUCGAGAAGGUGCUUGGUCCACCUGAAGAGCAGCUGGAGGAGGAGACACGGUCGCAGCUUGUUGAACUGGUCAAGUAUCUGCAAAAGUAGAUGAAGUGUAAUGGAGGCGGUGCAGGGCAGCGUUGAUACCCAGCGGGAACGCUAUCACGAGGGCUGGAAAUGGGUUGGGCGGGACCAAAAUGGCACACUGAUACCACGGACUGACAUUAUGAGGAGGGCGCUUUCAGGGGAGUCGUGUCGAUAGAUUUUCCUUCGGGGACGCAAUACCCAGUUCGUUUCUCG